AGACCGGAAGCACUACCUCUUACUGAUAUAAUGGACAUUGGCAGCAAGGUCGAGCAAGCGGCACUACUGUUUGACAUUUUGGAUAAUGUUACCUCGGCCAUGGGGUGUUACCGCAUGUCAGCAACGUGGUUUAGGUGUAGUGUCAGUGUGGAGAUUUGGAGUUAGUCUCGUUUUUGUGGCGUUUUCAGAAACUCCAGCAGAGACAAGUUUUUACAAGUAGACGAUCCCUUGAUUUAGCCAACAGAGAGCUCACGCUGCGCGCGGAGCUAGCGGAGGAAUUUACCAAUAAACAUGAGCUCUGCUCCAAACCAUGGACCCGUGAACGUGUCAGAAACAGGGCUGUCCGGCAAACCAGUCCCCGCUGUCUCAUUAGGUGGGCAUGUGAAACAGGUUUUCAGCCAUGUGAGGAUAGGAAACCUGGUGGCAGGACUCAGUGGAGGAGUUGUAUCAACGCUGGUGCUUCACCCUCUGGAUCUGGUCAAAAUCAGGUUUGCAGGUACAAGAAGACAUGAGAGUAAAACGACUUAUUAACACUUGUUUAUCUUUUCAAAGUCUUUUAAGUCACUUGAAACACUUCAGUUCUCGUCAGCUUAAACCUGUUGAAUGUAUGACUAUGCUGUGUCUGCAGUAUCACACCAUAUGCUCUGAAAGCAUGUUAGUGACAGCCUGGUGUUAUCACUGCUAGAUAAUGUCUUUAUGUUCAUACUAAUGUACAUGUAAUUUGUGUCAUUUCCAUGUAGUAAGUGAUGGAUUAGAUGUACGGCCUAAGUACAGUGGCAUAUUUCACUGUAUGAGGAGUGUUUGGCAGCAGGAGGGACUGAGGGGUCUUUACCAAGGAGUGACACCUAAUGUCUGGGGUGCAGGAGCAUCCUGGGGUCUCUACUUCUUGUUGUACGUAAGCAAUACCUUCUUAUCCUGUUUUAUCAUUCAUACAUUUUUGUCAUUUUGUCAUGACUUAAAAACUAUUCUCACUUUCUCACCUCAAAGCUACAACGCCAUCAAAAGCUACACGAAGGAGGGCCGUCAAACUGAAUUAAGCGCCACAGAGCACCUGGUGUCCGCAGCCCAAGCAGGUUAGUCCCACAUAGAUCAAGACACUGCUGCCCUGCUGACACACAACCGUCCUGAGGCAAACAACAACAGCAAGAUAGUACUGCCCCAAGCUGGCUUGAGCAGACAGGAGGCAGAUAACCCCUUGUGCUCGCUCCCAUGGAGUCACAUGUGUAUGUUUCCUGUAGGCCAAAUGAGGUUAGAGGCUUAAAUUAUGCUUAAAAAGGGAUGUCAGCCAGGGCAGCUGUUUUCAUUGAGUUACAUUUCUUGGGCACAAUUAGAUUUUUAUCAGUCAUGCUUUUCCAGUUGGUAGGAGCCACUGUCACUUGAAUAAAAUACCUUCAUACAUCUUUAUUUAAGACAUGCUACUUUAAAUUACUCUGAAGGGUUUAGUUCUUGCUUCACAGACUAAGGAAGACUCACAGCUAUAUCCCAAAAUUAGAGGCAAGGAUCUCAGGCACAGGAUAUAAUUGUGGCCUUUCUAUUAUGGAUAAGUCUUGACUUGUCUCUAAGUCUGGAACUACUUUCUUCCCCUACUCAGCUCUCAUGAGAACCAUGUCUCUUUUAAGUUUGAUUCAGCUGUAACCAAACCACUCAAUCUUGUCUGACAAAGACAGGGAGUCGAGUUUUAACUACAUACAUUCAACAACCACACUUGUCACCAUGUUAGUUAAUGGGUAUCUAACUACAGAGUCUCUAAAUGCCUCCCUGUCUGCCCUCAGGCAUCCUAACACUCACCAUAACCAACCCCAUCUGGGUGACCAAGACCCGGCUAGUGCUGCAGUACAACGCUGACCCCUCCAGUAAACAGUACAGGGGAAUGCUUGAUGCCCUCAUCAAGAUUUACCGCCAUGAGGGGCUGCGAGGACUAUACAAGGUAAGACCUCCGCAUAUCAUCGGAUUUGAUAACACCUCCUUUAAAGGGAUAUACCGACGUACAACUAAUUUAGGGUCAAACACAAAGUAACACCGAGUUAGACACCCCCUGGAGAGAUGAAUGUUGUCGAUCACUUGCUUCUCUAGUUAUACCGACUUUAUUAACAACCGCAAGAUAGCAAUACACAGCGGCCUGAGGAGCCAUAAACAAACCUCAACCGAAACGCCACUCUAUAGCUACAAAUAAUGCUCAGAACAGCACCUAUCUUCAUCAACAGUACAUAUAGGGUCCUAGCCAUAGUACUAUCUAUCAAACAUCUUUUUAGCUUUGCCUUAUUUGCCUCAGACCGCUGUGUAUUGCUAUCCUGCAGUUGUUAAAAAAGUUGGUAUAACUAGAGAAGCAAGCAGUCGGCAACAUUCAUCUCACAAGGGGGUGUCUAACUCGGUGUUACGGUGUGUUUGACCUUGAAUUAAUUUUACGCCGGAAUAUCCCUUUAAAUUAUAGGUGAGCUGUUUAGUAGAGGAAGUACAACAGCACCUCUUCUUCUUUUAUGCUAAAAUUACUCAAACCAAUAACAAGAUAGUGACCACCUGCCUCGAAGUCAAGUCAAGGCCAAGUAGCCCUGACCUGACAAGACAUGGACUCUGCAAGAACUAUUAAGGUUAGCAGCAGAUCCUGUAAGUCCUGGAAGUUGCAGGGUAGGAUCAGACUUGGGUUUUUUUCCAACAUGUCUAGCAGAGACUCGAAUAGACUGAGCUCUUUGGAGACCAGGAGCUGCCCCAUUACACUCACAUGAUCACAUCAUCACAGUUAUUACAGCUUGGCGUGAGCGUUCAUGUGCUUAUUGUCAGUUCACAGAUGUGCUUCAUUCCUCCAACAGUCAGAAGUGCAGUGCAGUUGAUUUGCACUUAAUCUGUUCCAUUGGUAAGACCACUGCUAAGCAGUAUUAGCCCAAGUAUAAAUCCCACAAUGCAUCACGUUGGUGACAUUUGUUCCCUCGUGUAUUUCUAGUUAUAUUGAAGAGCCGUGAGACUUCAGUCUGAGGAAUUUUUAUGUCAAAAAAAUCAACGUUUCAAAGAUGCAAAUGUAUAUUUAUUAUAUCAAUUCCACAUCUACAUGGUUGUGUCAGCAUAUGUUUGCAAGCUCCAGUAAUGUGUCUGCAGUGAGUAGGUCCACUGUAAUAAUAAUAAUAAUAAAAAUGUCACAGUGUAAUCUAUAAGGGGACCACUGGAAAAGAUCCAGCUCAGAGUGAAGGAGAACAGACUUUUAGUAUCAUAAAGAUCAGAGCUCCUGAUAGAGAGAGAGACUACAUAGGCUGAGUUAUGGUGUUUGACGUCAUGGUGUAUGGGCAUCGUCUCACCUAAUUUCAUUAUGUCUUUUUUUCUAAAUGCAAGAGGCAUUUUUCCAUCCCUAGUGAUGGCAUCUUCAAUCUUCAUCUUCAGAGUAUAAUUUGGAGCAUUUUUUAAGCCAUAUAUACUGUUGUUGAAGCAGGAACAUCUGGUCACCUCUGAUUAGGCACAAAGAAAAUAGCAAAUCUGAGGUGUUAAUAUAAUUAAUAUAAUGUAUAGUUCUAGCAUCAAUAUUAUGAUAUCUGCCAAUAUAAUAUCAGUUCUGGUGUGGAUACCAGCACUAUUCACACCUGACCACUAAAAAUAGGAAUUAAAAAGAAUAAAUUAGAAAUUGCAAUGAUUAGUAAACGUGCAGAAUAUUAGAAAUGAAGCUAUUAAUAAAGUGCUGUCUUUAAGAACAAGCUGUGUACAAGCAUAAAAAGUAAGAGGUGUAUACAUAACCAGUUUGUAGCAUUAGGUAUUGCACUGAGUAUUAUACAGUUUAACAGAGUGUUUCACAGUGUAGCUUAAAAACAAUGUUAUUAUCAGUAUUGUACUUUUAGAUCAUUAAAGUUGGACUAGUUUACAAACAGAUUGCACGGUUGAAUGUAAUUUUAUGCAGUGGAGAAGUUUGCAGCUGCUACAUGAGAGUAAGCCCAGGGACAGUCCGAGUGUGUGAGACUCAGAAGGAGGAGUUAUAAAGUUUGAUGGUCACAGCAGGUAAGAAUGACUUCCUGUGAGGCUCUGUGGUGCAUUUAGGGGGAUUGAGUCCAGCACUGAAUGUGCUCCUGUGUUUAACCAGCACGUUAUGGAGUGGGUGUUGGAUGCUGUCCAACAUCUUUCUCUCUGUCACCACCGUCAGAGAGUGCAGCUCUACCUUCACAAAGUUACCCGUCUUGCAGAUGAGUUUGUUGAGUUUGUCAGGGUCUGUUUCCCUCAGUCUGCUGCCCCAGCACACAACAGCAAACAGGAUCACACUGGUCCACCACAGACUCAUAGAACAUCUUCAGCAUGGUCCUGCAGAUGUUAAAGACCUCAGCCUCCUGAGGAAGUACAGACGGCUGAAGCCCUUCUUGAAGACAGCUUAAGAGAUCUUAGACUAGUCCAGUUUGUUACCCAAGUACACUCCCAGGUUCUUGUUCUUGUAGUCUUCCACAAUCUCCACACUGACACCCAGGAACUGGUGUCUCUGUCCUUCUCAGGUCCACUAUCAGUCCCUUACAGUAUCAGCUGUUUCAGCAACUUCAGCCCAGAUCAGAUGAGCCAACCUCCUUUCCCUUUGUGGCCCAUGAUGAUCUUGUUGUUUGUUAGCUGGUUUGUCCUUCCUUUAACCACUUUUGGGAGGCGCUGACCACCGCAGACUGGGAACACCCCACAAGAGCUGCAGUAUUGAGAACACUCUGACUCAGUCGUCUGGCCAUCAGACGUAGUUUUCGCCCCUGUAAAAGUCCCUCACAUCCUUUUAUUCGCCAAGUUUUCUCGCUUCCAACAUAUUAAAUUUGAGGACAAAAUGUUCUUCUGCUCAUCAUAGCCCACCCACUGCUAAUCAAAUUUACCCACCCGUGGUUAUAAUGUUUUGGUUGAUCAGAGUAAGUGGUGUGUUGGUUCAUGAAUCACCUCUAGAGGGCGUUACCAGCUCAUAUUUGCUGUCGUAGGGGACUUGAGUCAUGUAACUAGUUGUUAUAACAUCCAGACUUUUGGAGCAGCAUUUUAGCAUCCUACAAUUUUGAGUUGAUUGUCUCGAAAUGUCAAGACUAUUUAUGGACAGAAUCCUCUGGAAAACCUGAGUACAUGUUUAUUUUACGAUGAGACAGAGGGCCACAAACAGCUCAUUUCAAGCUAAUGCAUAACAUGAUGUCCGAGUGUUUCCUGGAAGACUGACUUACAAAGCCGUUCUUUUCAAAGGGUUAUGUUCCUGGUCUUUUUGGCACAUCCCAUGGAGCAUUGCAGUUCAUGGCCUAUGAAGAACUAAAGAGAGACUACAACAAAUACAGGAAAGCGCCUUCAGAGGAGAAGCUGGUGAGUCAUUAACCCCAUGAGCCACAAACAGUCCAAAAACAUGCCCAGAUUUACAUCAAACUCCGACCUAAAGCCUGGAACUUUUGAGUGCAUGUAGACUCGGCUCCAAAUGAGCUGUAGUUGAAAAAAUGACUCAUCAGCAAGCUUCUCACUUUCUGCAUGCGUUUAUCUGUGCACACAGAACGCCUUGGAGUAUAUCACAAUGGCGGCAUUAUCCAAACUAUUCGCCGUGGCCACAACAUACCCGUAUCAGGUGGUGCGAGCCCGCCUGCAAGACCAGCACAAUAAAUACAAUGGAGUUAUUGAUGUCAUCGGACGGACAUGGAGGUAUGUUUGCACUGAUCCAGUCUCAGAGGAGCUGUACCUGCUAUCCUGGUCGGACUGUCGAAACAUGGCUGUUACAUGAAGGUGUGUUCUAUUUGAUUCAUUGUCUUUUCUCCUCUCCCCCCGCAGAAACGAAGGCGCCAUCGGUUUCUACAAAGGCAUCAUCCCAAACUUGAUUCGUGUCACCCCUGCUUGCUGUAUCACAUUUGUAGUGUAUGAGAAUGUGUCUCGUCUCCUCAUGGGACCGAGUAAAUGAGUCGUACUAGCACGGCACGGACUGCUGCAAAGACUUCUGAGCUCACACUGACACAAGCGUCUGAAAAGAGUGAGAGAAAUCAGAAUGAAGCUGAAUUUCAGUGCUGAGGUAGAAGGAGAAUUCAUCUGCACUGAAAAUGGAAUCAACAGCUGAUUUCUGUGAGCACGAACCAUUAGUGUGUAAUAGUUUGGCGUCUAAGAUCACAUCAGCCUCUCAUUCAGAUGCACAUCUAACACUUUGACUCGUGAGGAAAGCGUACCCUGCUGCGGAUGCCAAAGAACACACCGUCGGGAUUUCGGUCUGUCGUUUUUGAUGCAACACCAAGAAUUUGGUGUUGAGAGAAAAAAAGAGGAGGGUAAACGUGUUUUGUCAUAGUUCUGUUUACAUGUGAUGUUUGCUGGCAGCUGAACGGGAGACAUGCUAAAAAAUGGAAAGCAGAUCACGAACUGCUAAUCAGAUAUCUUGUUAAGGUUUCCAUUUGCAUGCGUGCUUUAUAGUUUUGUCUCUUUUAAAUUAUUUCUUUCCUUUUUAAACAGACGGAUACAAUGAAGAUCAUUUUCAUUCACGCACAUCAACUCAUUUCUCUCAUAAUUUAUAUGUUUCUUUGGAUUUUUUGUUAUUUCUAGAAACAAAUUCUAACCGCAGUGCUCAAGUUUUUAUUUCAAAGUCCCAACAGGGCUCUAUCUGCAUUGUCAACAUGUGAUGUAUAGAGUGCAUUAAAUAUACUAUUUUGUGACUGCGCUGGAUCAGGUGUGUUGUAUUUCAGAGCACUUACACAUUAAAACCAUGUUCUUGGAAUUGAAAUCUUAAAAAAAAAACAAGUUUAUUAACAAUAAUGAAUACAAACAAGUCACAUGAGUAUAAAUGUCUGUGUUUUGUCAAAAUGUCUAUUAAUUGGUGGUGACCAUGCACCUAAAGCACCCACAAGCAGAGAAGCUACAGUACAGAGUUUAUUUCUGGUAAACAGUGUGACACAGUUUCCUCUUUUUAUAGGUCUGUCAACUAUUAUAGUAUUUAAACAAAACAAUAAAACAUUCAAGUUACCAUCAGUGAUGCUGUGACGCCUCGGCUGAGCAAACCUGAUCAUUUUGGAGAGCCAGAUAACAUACUCUUAUACUGCCAAGACUGGUCCCUCCCUUAUAUGGAGCAUGCUUUUUUUUUAUUUUGGCAGUUCCUCAAUGAUAAUCCUGGAUACUGAAUUCCAGCCUGUAGAUGCGUCACCUCUGGGGUAGUCAGCACAGGUCCCCACCCACACGGCGACAUCCACCAACCCUGCUUUGAUGCCCUCGCACAGCCCUUCAACUGGGGAGGAUGAAAAGGAGAAAAUAUUGCAAAUGAAUUUUCAGGGAACACCCAGAGAUUACAGUUACCGCUCUCUGACACUAAUGAAAUUUCCAAAAUCUAACAGGGAGGGUUUCUGUCAGAGUUUGUGGAGACAGCAGUUAAAAUCAUUUAAUUGCAGCUGCCGGCUGGCAGACUACACUUAGCACAAAGACUGGAAACAAAGAAACAGCUGGAGGGGCUCGUUUCCAAGCAUUGAAAUGUCUGUUAUGAGCCAAACAUUACUUGAUGUGUUGAAGACAUACUAGUGGGCAGAUUUGGUGACUUUUAAAAAAGGCUAGACUUACUAAUUGUUUCCAAGAAUAUUGCCUCAAAUCCUGAACUUAUACUUUGAUACCACAGCAUGACUUUGCACUCAGGAUAGGGCUGGGCAAUAAAACGAUAACAAUAUAUAUUGAAAAUUAAUUGCCCUCUAUACCGAUAAAAAACACGGUCAAUAUGGUUUUUGAUUGUCAGCAUUCUGCCAUGUUUAGUAGAAUAUACGAAGAGCCAAUGGAAAGGAGAGUGCCACGCGGCAGAACACGCACAAUGGAAAAGGUUACAAACCCUGAGUGGAGAGAGGAGCCUAUGGCGCUUAUGCAGCCGACCAGUCCGCUUUCUCUAGCGCAACGUCUUACGACAAAACGUCAAAGAGACACAAAGUCCUCACAGAUGCAGUAGCUUAUUGUUCUGCAAAAGACAUGCUACCAAUAAGCACUGUUAAAUUCCAUUUAAGAGUAACCGGGAACAUUCAAGAUUGACAAGCAAAUUUCUUUUUUCAUAUCGUGAUAAAAAAAAUGUAUUGUGAUAAACUUUAGCCCAUAUCGCCCAGCCCUAACUGAGGAUAACUCUCGUUUCAGGUGGUCCACUGCAUAUCAAAGCCCAUGUCAACACUCAUACCUGAGGAUGUUCUGUGGAUGUUGAUGGUUGAGUUGAGCUCAGGACUUCCUUGGUCUAAGUAGAUGAUGGACUCUAUGGGCAGGGGUCCUGUGCAUUCUGCUCCAUUGAAGGUAAAGUACCACCUCUGGCAGCAGGCGUUCUUACACUUCAGUCUGAGGGAACCACUGAAGAGGACUCUCAGAGCGCUGUCUGAACGCAUCUUUGUAAACGUGCAGUCCUGCAGCACACCACAGAGAAAUUCAGCCUCUUCUAUGCAUCACGGGGGGGUUAUGUAACAUUUCUGCAAAUCUGCACUGACGUCAGAAACCUGUUAGUCAGUGUAUCAAGAUACUCACGGCUACUUUACCCAGGUCGAUACCAUAAUUCAGAGAGUUCCAGGCACACUGCUUGUAGUUGGGCCUCCAAGGCUCCUCAAAGAUCUCAUUAACGCACUCUCCUUUUUCACCUUUCAGUCCAUCACGACCAGGAAUGCCCGGCGUACCUGGGAUGCCGUUAGUUCCUGGGUUACCCUCUCUCCCAGGGGUGCCUGCCGGACCUUGCAUGCAACUGCCAAACUGUAAAACGGGGUGAAGAAAAGGUCACGAUGGAAGCUGUAACUGAUGAGAAGCAUGUUUUACACAGCAGACGCUUCUUCUCUAACUUCUUGUUUAGGGUUUGUUAUUUAUCCCUCCUUGGGGAGAAGUCUGUGUUUGGGCUGAUUUUCGCCGCAAACACCUGAUGGCUGCCAGAAUACACCCUAUCAACCACUUGUGUAAACACUCACACUGCUGCAGAGCUGAAAAGUGCAGAUACAGCUGUGUUCAGACCGAGGUAAAGAGACAGAGCCAGCACCCAUAAAGCCAUGAAGCAAGUGAAUGAUAUACCGUGUGUUAAUGAGGAACUGAAGGCUCGCUGACAACCUAAAUUUGCAGGAGGCCCGCCUCAAAUCCCAUGCGUGAUUCAUUGUCCAGCUGAAUCUUCUGCUGUUUAAACAGAUCUUUCACAAGCUGAGUCAGUAGCUCAGACGACACACAGAGACAGGGAAGCUUGCCAAAACAUUCCUACCACAUACUGGGAGAGACACAAUGAAGAUCCCAGAUAACUUUGUGUAUUUUGUUUUUCAAAAAAUACAAACUCAAACCAGCAGAUUACAGUGUGAAGGUUAGCUGCGUAAAGUUUCUUUUUAGUUGUAUUUUUGUUGUUGUUUUAAACUGUCUUAUUAUACCUCCCCAUCUAAGUUUAGACAGACUUAAACUAACACGUAAGCUUUCUUCCUGCCCUUCAGCAAACAAUGAUGCCAAAAGGAUUUGAAAGUGUUUUUCUUUUUGGGUCAUUGUUGCCCUUUGCUUAGCAAGCAGCUGUGGAGCAGUUAGAGGGCGUGUGGCCAGAAGGCAUUAAGGCAAGAAGGGGAGAAACAAAGCGCUUUUACCUUAGUUUCAACAUCUAGUUCCAACUGGAGUCUCUGGAGUAAAGUAAAACCACUAAUUCAGACUAUUUAAAUUUGGGAAAUGCUUGAAAAGAGAGUUACAGUUUUCUUCCAUCAGCUGCUUGAGAAACAGAUGGUUUGGAGUCUGUUUGAGUCAUUAAGAGGCUAAAAUGCUGGAGCGACCUGGAGAUGUGAGGUCACUGUCUCUAUAGGAAACUGGGAAAUCUUUGAUGGUUUGUGGGUUGGUAUGCAUAUGCCCUAAUCGAGCUAGAAUUUGUCUUCAGGCAAAAGGGAUCGUUUUCCAUGCUCCUAUUGAGAGGUGUCUCAGUGUAAAAAUGACGCAAACACAGCAUGAAUCCCCUUUGGUUGAUUUCCAGCGGGGAAAGGUCUGUAUUUCAUUUAAGGUUUGGACUUUUGGAGACUGUCAAGGCAAGCUAAUGAAUGGAGCCUCUGUCCACAUAGCUUCACAGCUGAAUUCAACAUUAGCAAACCAGGCUGCUGUUUCUAUAGCGGUGCAUGCCGCCUGCACGAAUUAAAAUCCAGUCCCCCUGGAUAUUAGUACAGCACACAGUCCACUACUGUAAGUGACGCAUACGAGCUGCUCUUGCCCUGAAGUGCAGAGGAAUCAGUAGUAUUUCAUGCAUGGGCCAACACUGAAGCAAGCACUGAAGCUCUCCUGCAGCAUGCAGACAGAGUGCGCACAUAAUGUUAUGCUGUCAGAGCGCCUCAUUCAGAGGGUCUUGAGAGGAUGCAAAUUAGCAUUUCAUGAUUACCAUUUGGUUCAAAUAAGCAGAUCUUCUUUCUUCAGAGACUGAGGUGCAGUUUGGCUUUUCUGCAUCAUUUCCAGUACACUAAAUACAGAUGUUAACAUAAAA